UUACACAUCUUUCAUUUAACAAUUUACCCUCUUCACCGAAAGAAGUAAGGUUGAGACGGGCAACAAGUUCAGACAAUUUUACAGACAAUUCUUGAUUAAGUUUUAUAAUAAUGUCAAAGCCUCUAGUUGUGGCAGCAAUCGACUUCGGAACAACUUUUUCAACAUGCGGAUUUUCGUUCAGACAUGCAUAUGAAUCUGAUCCAACAAAUAUCACGGCAAAACAAUGGACAGGAUUGAAGUCGGCUGUAUCACUAAAAGGACCAACAUCAAUUUUGAUCAAUCCUGAUGGGCAGACAAUUGAUAGUUUUGGUUUUGAUGCUGAAGAUAAGUAUGCCGAACUUGUAGAAAAAGGUCAACAAAAUGACUGGUACUUCUUCGAGAGAUUUAAAAUGCAGCUGUAUGACAAAAUUGGGAUCCAAAAUGAUUUUACAGUUAAAGAUGCAAGUGGUAAAUGUCUGAUGGCAAAGACUGUGUUUUCAUUGUCUAUAAGGUACUUUAAAGAUGAUUUAAUAGACAUGAUGUCAGAGAAACAGAUUUUAGUCGGAGACUUGACAGAAAAUGUUAUAAUGUGGGUUUUAACAGUUCCUGCAAUAUGGAAUGAUACAGCUAAGCAGUUUAUGCGUGAAGCUGCCGAAAAUGCAGGCAUAAAGAAUGAGCGUCUCAUCAUAGCUCUUGAACCUGAAGCUGCAUCUGUUUAUUGUCGUUUACUUCCAACAACGAGAAAUCAGGACUCCGUCGGGCAAUUACCAAGCGGUAGUAAAUAUAUGAUACUAGAUGCUGGAGGAGGAACGGUUGACAUAACAGUGCAUGAAACUACGCAAAGUAGUGAACUCAAAGAAAUAUACAAGGCUAGUGGAGGAGACUUUGGUGGUACAAUGGUUGACAAAGCUUUCGAGGAGUUUAUCUCUGAAAUUUUGGGUAGUGAUGUAAUGCAAACGUUAAAAGAAGAGGAAGUAGGAACAUAUCUGGAAUUGAUGAGAAACUUUGAAGUCAAGAAGAGAUUAACAAAAAAGGACAAACAAGUAAUAAUGUACAUACCUACGUUCUUGACAAAUGUUCCGGAAGAAGAAAGAGAUGAAUAUUUUAAUAAUAAAAUAUCCGAGGCAGGCUACGAUAAGAACAAGGUUAGCAUAACACGUGACAAACUGAAACUUCAUUCAGAUGUCAUUAAAGGUUUUUAUCAAAGGUCUCUGGACAAUAUAACGGAUCAUCUGACUUUCCUACUUCAAAAACCGGAACUAAUUGAUUGUGAUAUAUUACUAAUGGUAGGUGGAUAUUCAGAGUCGCCUUUGCUUCAGCAACGUAUCAAAGAGACAUUUCCAAACAUGAAAAUCGUUGUACCAUCAGAUGCUGGGUUGGCUGUGCUAAAAGGCGCAGUGAUAUAUGGCCACAACACUACCGUGAUUGCACAGAGAGUUUGUAAAUAUACAUAUGGAAAUGGCUCUGCGCAUGAAUGUAGCCCUGAUUGUGAUCAUCCGCCUACAAAAACGUUCUAUGCAAACGGUGUUAAAUUGUGUGCUGAUUUAUUUUUUGCGCAUGUUCAUGAAGGGGAUGUUAUUCAACUUGGUGACGUACGCGAAGUACAUCAAUUUUGGCCAAUCGUACCAUGGCAAACGGAAAUAUAUUUUCCUAUAUACUGUACAAAAGAGCGAGAUCCUCCGCUAGUGACGAGUCCAGGUUGUGUAAAAUUAGGAUACGUUAUCUUACCAAUACCUGAUACUACUGGUGGGUGUUCCCGAACCAUUGAGUUGAGUUUUCUGUUCGGUGGAACAGAAAUAGAAGUUAAAGCGAAAGACCCAAGACACGGAACAUUUAGGAAAGUGAAAGUUUCGUUUUGGGGAUAAUUUAAAGUGUGUAGCUACUGAAAGAAGCUUUUGCGUCAUUGACAAACACUCAUCACAGAAAAUGGCUGACAGAAUUGACUGCUAUUGAAGUACAGCAUUUAUUUUUUUGCUUUGCUUUUUACCUUUUAAUGUCGGGUUUCUUUUACGUUUAUGGACUUUACUGUAUGAGCGGAAAAUGGGUAACUAGUUUAUCAAAUAGAAUAUACAGGUGUAUAUAUAGAGAGAGAAAAUAAACAAGUAUGUUGUAAUCUUGAAAAAUCUGUAUGAUUAUAUGUUUAACUUUUUUAGUUAUAAACACUAAAGUCAGGUACAAACUCUACAGAACAACACGAUUUUGGAAACAGAUAUUUUUGCUGCUGCUGAAAGGCAUUCCUCUAAAAGAUUUUAAAGAAAUUGUGAAGUAUUUUCUUUGUUAUAAUUGAAACUGUAAGUUUAAAGAGGAUAUUGCUCUACAGCAUUCCGCUCUGCCGAGGUCAAACUGUAGAGAUAAUUUGUCAAAAAUGAAAGGUCAAUUAUGCUACAUGAAUUUUUUGUCAUUAAAAAAUGCUUUAAUGGACAUUCCCUGAAUUAUACUCGGGUUUUUUAGGAUUGUCCUUUUUCAAUAUCAAUUAACUUUUAAUCUGUAUACAUAUAUUUCGCAUAAACAAAGUACACACCUGUAUAAAAGAACACCAUAUCACAUGCGUAGUAGCUGACAUUUACAACAGUAAGCAGGCUAUCCGAUACGAUCGAGUAGUUUCUUUCUUCUCAAUAAUAAUCAUCCAGUUAAAAUUCAGACUUUGAAAAUAUACAAAAUUAAUUAAUUUAAUUAUUCAAACGGUCUAAAACAAUAUGACGAUAGUAUUUUAGAUUUUAUUAUCGUGAUUGUUAAUGUUAAAAUGCUAUUUCAUUCGUUACCAGUAGUUACAAAAUUCAAAAGGCCAUCAUUUUCUUACCGUGUAAGCUGGUAAUUAAUUGAGGGCUUUGACCGAUUGCUUGCAUCUACCAAGGCCGUCAAUUUUAUAGUUAUUUAUUACAAUACUUCCAUUUUUUUCUAUUUUAAAGAUUGCAGCUUGGUUGUAAAAUAUUACAUGUUACCUUAAAUAAAUAAAUAACGAUGUUUAUUCACAAAAUGUUUGAUUUGUUUACAUCAGAUUAACACUAUGGUAGUAAAUUGGAAGUGCUUACAUUAUCUAUUAUCUUUAUGAUAUUUCUGUAUCCGAAGAGAUCAAACUCUCGUUAGCUAUUGCUAGUUGUUAUAUUUAACCGAAUUUUCGUCCUUUGCAUGACUGAGGACCUGUAAACGGUUUCAAUAAUCACCUUGAAAAGUUGAGGAGAAAUGAACUUUAUAAUUUUAUAAUUUCAACGUUAUGUCCAACCACAGCUUGUGGACGAUUUCAACAAAUACUUUCGAAGUUACUAACGCCUGUUCAGUUUUCAUUCUCUUUCAUAUUCACAUGGCGAAGUAAUACUUUUAAAUAUCCUGAAAAAGCGGUAUGCGUCGAAACCUUUGCUUCUAAAAGUGGAUAUAUUUAAAGUACUAUACAAAAUAUAAAAUAAUCACGUUAUGUCAAGCGUAUAGUGCUUAAGUCAUGGAUAUAUUGUAUGAAUUAUUUAUAAAUAGCAAAGCAGUAAAUUGUUUAAGUUGCGUAUUCUGUCGUAUCAAAAUUGAGCAAACAAUGUAUAUCAGUCAAGAUAUGGCAUACUUUGAAUUAGAUAACGCAUACUCAUCUUAUAUCUGACCUAUAGAUUACUUCAGACCUAUGAUGAGAUAAACGUCUUAAAUGUGAGCAAUAAACACGUAUACUUGGGUAAAAUAAGUAAGACCACCGAGGGCUCAAAGUCCAAUACGCCGAUAGGUAAACAGGCGAUAGCAAAGUCGCUUCUGUAUGCUACAGGCAUCUCCACAUAAUUUCAAUUUUCGGUAUGUUAAUGUCUCGAUUAUAAUGUUAUAAAAUGACCGCCUAAUUACAAACAAACAUUUAUAUUUAUUUAGUACUUUGUUAUCUUUGAAUUUUGUAAUUUAUAUUAGGUACACUUACAAAUAAAUCAUAGUAAUAUACUUUAUAACUGAAGUGACUUCAAAUGAACUUUCUGAAAACAUUUCCAUUUUUUCUUCCACUGAUACAUGAAUACAUAAAAAUUGAAAUUCUUAGUUUACGCAAUUGGUACACUGAAACGGACUAUCUUGCAAAACUUAACACAGAAGUUUAUUAAGAAUUUGAAUAAAACGUAUUGUGCGAUUGUUAUCCUGCAUAAUGCAAAAUUCUGAAAACGAGUUAUGGGUCCAGACUAACAUCAAAUGCAACACACAUCUGGAAAAAGAGUCAAGUCCCUUCUUGCAAAAACAUUUUUGCUUUUAAGGUUUUAAUCCAUGACAUAUGUUCUUACAUCAAUAAGUUCAUUUUCUUUUUACAUUGUAAUGUAAACAUAUGUCAAUAAAAUUCAACAGGGAAGGGUGACAUUCAAUGAAAGCAUCCCCAAGAAAAUACAGCAAAGCAAGACCAUCGACACGGAGUCAAGCAAGUGGCAUUCAACUUAUUGAUACAUCCCACCUUACAACAUAUGUAUUAAGCUCAUAUCAGUGUCACAUAAAAUGCCCCUUAAUAACUUGAUUAUUAUCUAAUCAUUUAUGGUUUAAAUAUCUAUCAUUUACUUUAUACCAUCUUCACCGCAAGAAGUAAUAGUUGAGACGAACGACAAGUUCAAAGAUAAUGUUACAGACCUUUCUUGUUUAAGAUUUAUGACAAUGUCUAAUCCUCUAGUAGUGGCAGCAAUCGACUUCGGAACAACUUUUUCAACAUGCGGAUUUUCGUUCAAACAUGAAUAUAAAUCUGAUCCAACAAAGAUCACCGCAAAACGCUGGACAGGAUUGAAGUCUGGCGUAUCUUUAAAAGGACCAACUUCAGUUCUGAUCAAUCCUGAUGGACAGACGGUUGAUAGUUUUGGUUUUGAUGCUGAAGAUAAGUAUGCCGAACUUGUAGAAAAAGGUCAACACAGAGACUGGUACUUCUUCAAGAGAUUUAAGAUGCAGCUUUAUGACAAAAUUGGGAUUCAAAAAGAUUUCACAAUAAAAGAUGCAAGUGGUAAAUUUCUGAUGGCAAAGACUGUGUUUUCACUGUCUAUAAGGUACUUUAAAGAUGGUCUACUAAACAUGAUGUCAAGUUUCGACGGACACUUUACAGAAAAUGCUAUAAAGUGGGUUUUAACAGUUCCUGCAAUAUGGAAUGAUACAGCUAAGCAGUUUAUGCGUGAAGCUGCCGAAAAUGCAGGAAUAAAGAAUGUGCGUCUCACCAUAGCUCUUGAACCGGAAGCUGCAUCUAUUUAUUGUCGUUUACUUCCAACGACGAGAAAUCAGGAUUCCGUUGGACAAUUAGAAAGCGGGAAAAAAUACAUAAUACUAGAUGCUUGUAUACUUGUAUAUAGCUUUUCUAUAUGGUCAAGGUUUUCAGUGAAACCUAUUCAAAAAUAGUUUAUUACCAAACAUCAAAAUGUGUUUUUCAAAUAACCUAGGCAUUUUUAAUAUAAUAAUGAAUAUCCUUGC